AAUGUUAACCAGUGAAAAAGCCCAUUUUUGGUCAGGAGGAAUUUCACGAAGUAUGUCUGAAGGAAAUUUGUUUGACAUGGAAGCCCAAAAAGCCUCAAAAAAUAGCAAUAUUACAGAGUGCAGCCACAGGGACCCAGGUUUGCCUCUCAAUUGGCCCGAUGAUUUCACACUUCAUGGCAAUAGUGCUUCCAAUGCUAUGAAUCUCUGGAGUGAACUGUCCGCAUCUGACCCAUUUUUGGAUGACAUAAUUCAGCUAAGAAAUAACCAGAAAAGAUAUAAUAUUUCCAUCUUGAAGGAAGAUCCUUUUCUUUUUUUUAGAGAAGUAGAAACUGGAAAUUCUUUUGGUUCUUCUGGUGAUGAACUUGACGUGCAUCAGUUGCUUAGGCAGUCUUCCUCAAGGAAAUCUGAAAGAUCUAAUGUUUCAGAACUUUUGGACAUUUUAGAUGACACAGCACAUGCCCAUCAGAAUAUACAUAACUCUGACCAGAUCUUAGAACAAGACUUAGAAUGGCUUCAAAAUGAUCGAGAGGCUUAUAAAAUGGCUUGGUUAAGCCAACAUCACCUGGCCUGCUCCUGCCUAGAUUUGAAUACAAUUAAUCAGAGUCCUGGAUGGGCCCAAACACAAGUUGCAGAGACCACAAUAGUUUGCAAAUUAAACUACCAGGGAGGGUCAGUACAAUUACCUGAAUCAGAUAUCACUGUUCAUGUGCCCCAAGGCCAUGUAGCUGUGGGAGAAUACCAACAGGUAUCUUGAAGGGCUUUUCUAGAUCCUCCACAGAUGCUAAACCAUGAUCUUUCAUGCACUGUAAGCCCACUGUUGGAAAUCAUGUUAGGUAACCUUAACACAAUGGAAGCCAUUUUGCUAGAGAUGAAAAUUGGAGCUGAAGUGAAAGAGGAUCCUUUCAGCCAAGUCAUGACAGAAGUGGUGUGUUUUCACAGCCUGGGUAAAGAAGGCCCUUUUAAAGUAUUAAACAAUUGCUACAUUUAUAAAGACACCAUCCAAGUCAAGCUAGUAGACUUGAGUCAGGCAAUGUAUCUAGUGGUUGCUGCACAAACUAAAGGUACUCAGUCACCAGCUGCCACCAUUUGGAAUUAUAUCCACAAAACCACCUCAGUUGGAACUUAUGGGCAUAAAUGUAUCCAUCCCAGUUUCACUGCUAUUUUCACAGUUUGUGGACAUGGUUAUAUGCCAGGAAGGCUUACAAUCUCUGAUAUUAAGAAGGGUGAGGUGCUUCCCUGGGUGGGAAACAGCACAUCUCCAGUUGUGUUUCAGCUCUGGGGGAAGCAUUCCUUCUUACUUGAAAAGCCACAAGAUUUAAGUAUUUCUGUCUUUUCAUGUGAUCCUGAUUUUGAAGUAAAGGUAGAAGGAAAAGGGAAAGAAAUUAAACAAAAGCAGUUGCAAUCAGGUCAAGUAGUUCAUCAACAAUUUUUAUUCUCCUUAGUUGACUCCAGAGAAAUGCACUUGUUUGUUUUCCGUGUUCAAGUGGAGCCUCCCAAUGGUAGGCCAGUUACACAGUUCUUUAUUACUGCACCUGAUCCAGCCCCAAACCUAAAAAGCCUCUCAAAUCUGCCAGGUGAUUUGCAGAAGGAGAAGGAAAUCAAGUCUGCUCCUUUAUUACCAACAGUGCGUGUUAAAUAUCCUACAUUUCAAAACAAAAAUUUGAACUUUGCCAACUAUGGGGUAACCCUGAAGACAGUGCUAAGACAAAGCAAGAUUGACUACUUACUUGAAUAUUUCAAAGGGGACACAGUAGCUCUUCUUGGAGAAGGUAAAGUAAAAGCCAUUGGAUGGUCCAAAGUGAAAGAAUGGUAUGUGGGAGUCCUGAGAGGUAGGAUUGGACUUUUACAUUGCAAAAAUGUCAAGGUGAUUGCAAAGGAACAAGUAAUGUCUAUGUCAGAUAAUGUCUUCAAAACCGGGAAUCUUCUUGAACAAAUUACCCUGCCUCUUAAAAAACUGACUUACAUCUACUCAGUUGUAUUGACCUUGGUGUCAGAAAAAGUUUAUGAGUGGAAAGUUUUAGCUGAUGUCCUAGGUUACUCACAUCUGGCACUGGAAGAUUUUGAUCGAAUACAAGCAGACAAAGAAUCAGAAAAAGUUUCUUAUGUUGUAAAGAAGUUAAAGGAAGAUUUUCAUGCAGAUAGAAAUACCAGGAAGUUUCUCUAUGAACUUACUGUGGCUCUGCUGAAGACUGAUUGCCAGGGGUUAGUAGCACAUCUCGUCCGAGAGGCUGCUAGUCUGACUUCAGCUGUCAAGCUUGGAAAAGGCUGGAGGAAACUAGCUGAAAAGUUAGUACGACUCACAAAGCGACAAAUGGAGGCAUAUGAAAUUCCUCACCAAGGAAAAGCUGGAGAUGUUGCUGUAGAGAUGAUGUGGAAACCUGCCUGUGAUUUUCUCUAUACUUGGAGUGCUCACUACGGAAAUAGUUACAGAGAUGUGUUACAAGACCUUCAAUCAGCUUUGGACAGAAUAAAAAACCCUGUGACCAAACAAAGGCGAGACUUAACUGGAGCUUUAAUACUAGUAAGUUCUUUAGAGGUUUUGAGAGCAACUACAUUCUCCACUUCUGAGGAAGUAUAGAAUUGAAGAGUAUGUUUUGGAGGAGGGAGUAGGGGGAGAAAGGAAAAUAAAGGGGUGUGUAUGUGUGGUUGUGUGUGUGUGUGUGUGUGUGUGUGUGAAAGAGAAAGAAACUCAGAAAAGUAUUACUUUUUUUCAUGUUUGAAAAAGUAUUUUUUCCUGGUGAAAGCACAGCCUAACACAAAAUCCAAGGAUGUGUUUUAUAAUCAAAUAUGCAUUUUUAUAUAUGUUUCAAAUGCAAACAUUAAGCUGCUUUGUUGCUGAGAAGGGAAAGAAAAGCCCUCUCUCCCUUUCAAAGUUACUUUUAAUUUCUUUUAGUUAAAACAAAUGACAGCUAACAUAGUUACAUCACACAGAUACCCAGAUAAUCUAGAGACUCUCAAUGUGAACACUGGAAUUUUGCCAGCAGACAGGUAGGGAGAGAGGAGAAGCAAACAAUACUCUGUGGCCAGGGACAGGGCUACAGGCUUUCUAUGCCUGAUCGCUUUUAUUUCUCAGUGGUGUUUGCCAGCAUUAUUCCCGUUUUUCAUGUGAAGAAACUAAGGACUGGAGAGGAUGCUCAGGGCUCUACAGCCAGUGUGAAGGAGAUUUUCUGUUUGCAGAACUUGGUUCUGGAUUUUUAAGAAGACAUAGAACAUAGGAAUAUAGUUUAAAAAAAUCAAAAUGCAUAUUAAAACUUAUAGGGAAAUGGUAAUGCUUUCAUUUUCAUUGGAGCUCACUGCUCUUUUGUACCAUCUCUUGAAAGACUGCCAGAAGGAACAUAUGAUUUAUCAGAAAUCUGUUGUCUGUACCCACUAGCUGGAGUUUUCACCACCUUCCUCCAGCAUCUUGAGACCUAGCUAAUCCUGCCUGAGUUUUGGACUUUUUCUUCAGGAUCAUAGUGCAGAGUAGUUCUUUAACUCUCAAAGAUUUUUAAAAACAAGAGUUAUUUUUAAAAACCUGAUUUAUCACUGCUGAGUGCAGUAGUCUUAACCACUAUAACCACUGAUAACUGUGUGUGUGCAUGCUCAUGUGUUCAUGUAAACACGUGUGUGUGUGUGUGUUUGUGUGCACCAGAGUGUUUUCUAAAGCUUCUGGAAGACAAAGAUGAUAUAGAAAUUUGGGCCAGUAUAAAUGCUAACUGUUGGAGAGUUGAUAAAGAGAUGGUCUGUGCUUACUCCUAUGUUCAAUCCUCUGCCGCGUGCCAGUGUUUAUGUGUUUUAGACAGUCAUUCAUUUAUUGGCAUUCAGUUGUCAGAUGGAGUGUGUGUACCUACUCUGUGGCAGACACAUAGAUGUUUGAGGUUAAUAAUGGGGAAAAAACAGCAUGAUCGUUGACUUCAAUUCUGCUGAAGUGAUAGAGACAAUAAUAAAAAAAAUACACAGUUAAAUCUAAAAUGGCAUCUGCAAUACCUGCUGAAAUGGAAAGGCUGGGAAGCUAAGAGAUAUAGAUAUUGGGGGACAUCAUAUAGAUCAGGGAGAUCAGAUAAGUUUUCCCUGGUAAAGAAAGGAUGAGCCUGAAGGAAGAUUAGACACUGCUUCUGGUCUGGGGAGGUUGGAAGAGGCAGUUCCUCAAUGCACUGAAGCCCUCAGGCAGGAGGAGAGCCCAGGAGAUGCAGGGAGCCAGGAUGAAGGGCUGGAAAGGGUGAAGGAGUGAAGGAAGGAAAGACAUAUCCUCAAAGCCUGACCUAUGACUUCUGGCUCCACACCAGAGACAGAAGAAAGCGCCAGGCCAAGACUUUGACCAGCUCUCACAUAUGUGUCAG